AUGGAAGAAGUCGAAGUAUUGACUACGGAAACUGCCGUACCUCGAGAACUGGGCUUACACGAAAACAAAUUUUGUACCGUUGUCCUUUCCUCUAGCAAAGACGAUUCCUAUUUCGACAUCCAUCUACCCAAGCUUGCCAACUUCCCUGUACUCUCAUUUUCAAAAGCAAAAUCAGCCAAUACCUUGGACGUUUUCCUGUGGUAG